AGUAAAAGUAAACAUUUCCACCAAUUCCAAUCACUCUCUACUGUUUACUGACCAGGCUCUGAUUCCCCUAUUUGGAAGAACAUAGAGAUGAUGCAGAGAUGGUGCUGGAGGCUCCGCUCUUUGGCAGCCCUUGCUUCCUCUACCCACCUUCGCCCUCCCGCCGCUGCUCGUCUUCUCCACACUUCCCCCAGUUUAUUCCACAAACCCCCAAUCGCCACUCGUUCCCUAAUUGCACCCUAUUUUUCCUCCCACAUCAGCGCCUCCACCUUUCCCUCUCCUAUCACACACUCGCCUCUCUCUUUGAUCCAAGUACGGCAUAUCACUGCCAAGCAGAGGAAGAGGAAGUUGAAGAGUAGGAAGCCAAUGACUCCAGUAGUUUCCAAAGUCAAAAAAGUCAAAAUCAAAGGCUACUCGUCUUACAAAGGAAGAUUUAGGCUUAUGAAUGAUGGGCAGAUCAGGCGAUGGAAGGAGGGGAAGCGGCAUAAUGCAUUCUCAAAGUCUAAGAAGUCAAAACGACGAUUGAGACAACCUGGUGUUGUUCCUGCGGCUUAUGCAAAAGUAAUGAAGAAGCUAAAUUUCUGCGCUUGAAGCAAAAUUCGCUCUGCAGCAGCCUCAUUGUUGCUAGGA